UUUAAAAGAAGAUGACAUUUCAGUACCAAAAAUAUACUACCAUGCUUGUUCUUGCAACCCUAGAUCUACCUCUCCUUCCAUGUCCAUUCCUUUCUUCCCCCGGAAUCCUAUCUAAAACCCAACCAUAACAUUCAGAAACAGUGAAAUAUGAAAUUGGUAUUUGGCAAUUCUCUUAAAACCACAGUAUCCACUCUCUCCUUCCCACACCUUCGCCAUUCUUUCACAAAUUCCCCUUUAUUUUCUUUCAAAACAAAACCAUUUAUGUCUCAAUUCUCUUCUAAUUCGACCUCAAUCAGAAGCUUUCUUUCACUACUCACGACGACUCCACGGCUUUACCCAAGAUGCCAAAGCAACAGCAGCAGCACCCCUGGCUCAUUGUUGGGCUCGGUAAUCCGGGAAAGAGAUACAGCAGCACGCGCCACAAUGUAGGAUUUGAGAUGGUCGAUGCAAUAGCGGAUGCUGAAGGGAUAUCUAUGAGCUCUGUUAACUUUAGAGCCCUUUUUGGAAAAGGUCUUAUUGGAAACGUUCCUGUAUUGCUUGCCAAACCACAAACGUUUAUGAAUCUAAGUGGUGAGUCUGUUGGAGCCAUUGUCUCAUAUUAUAAGAUUCCAUUGAAGCAAGUACUUAUGAUAUAUGACGACUUGGAUUUGCCUUUUGCUAAAUUACGUCUAUUGCCAAAAGGUGGACACGGAGGACAUAAUGGGAUGAGGAAUAUUAUUGAUCACUUCAAAGGGAACCGUGAUUUUCCUCGUUUAAAAAUCGGGAUUGGACGGCCACCUGGAAAAAUGGAUCCUGUUAGCUACGUUAUGCGGCCAUUCAAUAAACAAGAACGUGAAGAGUUGGAUUUUACAUUUCAUCGUGGUGUAGAAGCAAUCCGGAUGCUUUGUCUCGAAGGGUUUGAUAAAAGCGCAACAUUUGUCAACAGUGCCAAAUCCAUAGAAUUGACAUAGUUAAACUACUACUUAAGCUAUGAUCAUUUUGAUGACUGCAAGAGGAUGUAUUUGCAGAUGAAGAUUGUGCAUUACGUUCAUUGAUUUGGAGAAGCCUAGCCUUUCGAUGUAGUUUUUUAUCUCUACAUUUAUUCUUCGAUAAAGUAAUAGCAACCAGAAACGAUCUGGGUUUUGAUCCUUCUGUAUUAGAGGAUGCCCUGUUUCAAUUUGUAAUAUAUGUCCUCAGGCUUUGGGGAUAUAUUCAUAUUUUUUUUCCGUUUAUUUUUAUUAAAUAAAAAAAUGCAGUUGAAAUUA